AUGGCGGUGGCGCCUCCUGUGCAGCCACUGUCCCCAAGGAGUGCUGCAGAUGGCAGGAUUAUCACUUGGGACCUACGUGAAGAAGUGGCUCGAUGGUCGACCACCGAAACAGUGAACGAUUUCGAGCCCUUGGCCUUUUCAUCGAACAAUACAAAGCUCAUCGCAGGCCUGGCUGAUGGCACAAUUCGCAUUCUCGAGACUUCUACAGGCAAAGCACAUGGGCCGGAUCUUAUAGACCAUUUCAAUCCGGCUAGUGCGGCGGCCUUCUCUUGCGACGGGGAGAGUUCACAGCUGGUGUCCGCUGCACCCCUAGACUCGAUACAUGUUUGGGAUACUCGCGAAAGCAGUGAUUAUGUCUGGAAAUCUCCACGGCAUCACCGGCCUCCGCACAGAGUGUCCUUUUUCGCAGGCGGGUCGCGGGUCAUUUCAUGGCGGGAUUAUGAUCCCACGGAAACCAAAGUGUGGUCCACAGGUUCAGGAAAAGAAUUGAUAAUGAAUCCGUACGACGACGAAGCUAGGCCCGAUACUGCAGGCUCCUCACUUCUAUCUUCCUUCGGUUUACCCAUCGACCUACUACCCGGCGACGACGACGAGUCGCUAUCGAGCUUGGAUCACACGUCUCAACUGGAGACAGUGCCUCAAGAGUCGCUAUUCAAUUUGCAAUUUAACCCGUAUAAGCAGAUUUUCGAGGACUUGUCACUUGGUUUGGAGUUUGAUAUCAGUACAGGAGUAUUAUCCAGGGGAGGCCAGAUGGUAUGGAAGCUCCCGAAAGAAUUGGAAGCCCAUGAAUCGCGGCUCAUUAUCCUGGUGUAUCAUGACCAACGUUCCCGAGAUAUCAGUAGGAAUUCAAGCAGGCGCUGUUUCUUCAUUGCGACUGAGAGACGUCGGAAGAUAACCCAGCUAUAUCUUGACGCUAAAAAGAAUUACCAUUUAGUCCCCCGGAAUGCAAGAGGAUAUGACGAAGGACGCACCACAUACUGUACAAAGCACCAUACCACUCACGUCUACGAGCAUAAGCCCACCGAGCCGGCCAGUUUCCAAGAACACGAUUCUCCAGCCUUACCACACGCCCUGCAUUUGCGCUGCCGCCGGACUGGUGGGGAUGUUCUGCGGCAUGACUGUACUGCGCGGCACGUCCUCAAUGGCCUCGAGGUCCUUGCGGUACUCGAUCUUCUCGACGCGCACCUCGCCCUCAAUCAGGUAGUAUACCGCGAAGGAAGAGAUGGGGUCGCUGCGAGAAAACGUCUGCCAUAUGUAACGCGAUGUGUAGGCGGGGAGCUCGAGGAACGAGUAGGCACGGAAGCGGGAGGCGAAGUACGGAUGAGAGAAGAGUACACGCACCCGCUAACGGUGCCAACCCAUGCGCCGCUUGCAGAGCCGGGGUUCACGAAAAGCGGCCGUCGUACUCGACUGCUUGGAAGCUGUUCAGGUGGCGGGAGCGGCGAGGUGCCAUUCGGGGUGACUUCAGCACCCGCGGGACGACCUCAAGCGAGGGGACGCACGCACCUGGCGCGCGAUGGCGCUGAGCGAGUCGAGGUCGCCCGUGGGGAUACACUGGUGCCCAUGGAUGACCCCGAUCUUGAUGGGCGCAGGAUCUGCUGGAUUUUGCCUGGGACGAGGGGCUUCUUGAAUUUUGUGGGAAGGUCGUGGACUCUGUGGGGGAUGUGCCACGCGCGUUUUUCGUCCCUCCGCCUGCGCAUCGUGCACCUCUCCGCCGCCCUCCCGCUCGUGCGCGCAGCCAAGGCGGCCGGGCGCCCGCUCACAGCCGAGACGUGCUUCCACUACCUCGCGCUCGCGGCGGACGACAUCCCCGCGGGGCACCCCGAGUUCAAGUGCUGCCCGCCGGUGCGCGGCGCGGAGAACCGGGCGGCGUUGUGGGCGGCGCUGGAGGACGGCACGAUCGACUGCGUGGAUAGGAAGGGCCGGUUGGCGGUGGGAUACGACGCAGACGUAGUGGUGUGGGACCCGGAGGCGGAGUCCACCGUGCAUACUGACGGCGAUGAGGUGACGCGCGAGGGGCUGAACUUUCAGAAUAAGCUGUCGGCAUACGAGGGCCGCACGUUGAAGGGACAGGUCGCGCGAACAUAUGUGGGCGGGCAGCUAGUGUACGAGCGGGAACGUGGCUUCGAGGGGCUCGAGCCGGCGGAGACAAGCUAUUGUAGCCGAAUACGGAGGUGA